GAGGAGGAGGAGGAGGAGGAGGAGGAGGGAGGAAGGCGAUGGCGCCGGUGUCAGACGUGGAAGUGUCCUCGGUCUCAGGGAGAGGAAGGAGAGCAGGACCGCUGUCUCUGGACGACUGCCUCUGUCCCGUCUGUCUGGAGAUCUACAUGGAGCCGGUCACGCUUCCCUGCACACACACUUUCUGCAAGAGCUGCUUCCUGGAGUCGGUGGAUAAAGCCACGCUGUGCUGUCCCAUGUGCAGGAAGCGAGUUUCUACUUGGGCUCGACUGAACAGCCGCAACAACACGCUGGUCAACGAGCGUCUGUGGAAACAGAUUCAGACCAACUUCCCUCAACAGUGUGAGAGACGAGUCAGCGGACAGGAAGCUGCUGCUGACGACGACCUGGGAGUCUCUGUGUGUUUCCCCAGAGUCAGUGAACCAGGUGAGCUGAGGAAGGAAUAUCAGGACCAAGUCACUAAACUGACGGAGGAGAAGCGAGUGCUGGACGAGGAGGAGAGGAGAGCCAGUGAGGAGUACAUCCAGAGGCUGCUGGCUGAGGAGGAGGAGGUGCUGAGGGAGGAGAGGAGGAGGCGCGAAGAAGACGAGAGGAUGGCCAGGACCCUCAACCAGGAGCUGAACUCAACCUUCGUCUCUCAGGAAAACCUUCGACCUGUUGACGUCACUCCGGCUAAAAAGAAGGAGAAGGUUAACGUCGGACACAUCGAGAA